CGUCAUCGUUUGCUAGCUCAUUGUGUGGACUGUGUUCUCCUGUUCUUUAGUCAGUCUACGAGGUUCCUCCUGCUGUCCUGUAGGAUCACUGCAGUGCUGACAGACGGAUAGGUGUGUUUCAUGUGUUUGAGACGACGUCUGAAACGCAGAGAUGACAUUCUUCCCCAAGCUCCCAGCAGUCCCUCUGUUCCAUCGGAGCACCAGACCAGAGACCACCUCCAGACCUGUCAGCAGACAGAUGUCCAUGUCUCUCACUAACAAAGGACUCCUCAACCCAACUGGUCAUAACAACUGCUUCCUCAACUCCUGUGUUCAGGUUCUGUGGCAUGUGGAUGUAUUCAGACGCAGUUUCAGACAGUUCAAAGGUCACACAUGUGUGGGGGAAUCUUGCAUCUUCUGUGCUCUUCAG